AUGGCCCCCGCUGUUGGUAUCGAUUUGGGAACCACCUACUCCUGUGUGGGUGUCUUCCGCGAUGACCGCAUCGACAUCAUUGCCAACGACCAGGGUAACCGCACUACCCCCUCUUUCGUGGCUUUCACCGACACCGAGCGUCUCAUCGGUGAUGCCGCAAAGAACCAGGUCGCCAUGAACCCUCACAACACUGUCUUCGAUGCUAAGCGUCUGAUCGGUCGUCGUUUUGCCGACGCUGAAGUUCAGGCUGAUAUGAAGCACUGGCCUUUCAAGGUCAUUGACAAGGGUGGCAAGCCCGUCAUCGAAGUUGAGUUCAAGGGCGAGACCAAGCAGUUCACUCCUGAGGAAGUCUCCUCUAUGGUCCUGACCAAGAUGCGUGAGACUGCUGAGGCUUUCCUCGGUGGUACCGUUAACAACGCUGUCGUCACUGUUCCCGCCUACUUCAACGACUCCCAGCGUCAGGCCACCAAGGACUCCGGUCUCAUUGCCGGUCUGAACGUCCUCCGUAUCAUCAACGAGCCCACCGCUGCCGCCAUCGCCUACGGUCUCGAUAAGAAGGUUGAGGGUGAGCGCAACGUGCUCAUCUUCGAUCUUGGUGGUGGUACCUUCGAUGUGUCUCUGUUGACCAUUGAGGAAGGUAUCUUCGAAGUUAAAGCAACCGCCGGUGACACCCACCUUGGUGGUGAGGACUUCGACAACCGUCUUGUCAACCAUUUUGUUAAUGACUUCAAACGCAAAAACAAAAAGGACUUGAGCACCAACGCCCGUGCUCUCCGACGUCUCCGCACUGCUUGCGAGCGUGCCAAGCGCACUCUCUCUUCUGCUGCUCAGACCUCCAUUGAGAUCGACUCUCUCUUCGAGGGUAUUGACUUCUACACCUCCAUCACCCGUGCCCGUUUCGAGGAACUUUGCCAGGACCUCUUCCGCUCCACCAUGGAGCCCGUCGAGCGUGUCCUCCGUGACUCCAAGAUCGACAAGUCCUCCGUCCACGAGAUCGUCCUCGUCGGUGGUUCCACCCGUAUCCCUAAAAUCCAGCGUCUUGUUAGCGACUACUUCAACAAGGAGCCCAACAAGUCCAUCAACCCCGAUGAGGCCGUUGCCUACGGUGCUGCCGUCCAGGCUGCCAUCUUGUCCGGUGACACUUCUUCCAAGUCCACCAACGAGAUCCUGCUUCUCGAUGUUGCCCCUCUGUCCGUCGGUAUCGAGACCGCUGGCGGUGUCAUGACUGCUCUCGUUAAGCGUAACACCACUAUUCCCACCAAGAAGUCCGAGACCUUCUCCACCUACUCCGACAACCAGCCCGGUGUGUUGAUCCAGGUCUACGAGGGUGAGCGUGCUCGCACCAAGGACAACAACCUGCUCGGAAAGUUCGAGCUUACUGGUAUCCCCCCUGCUCCUCGUGGUGUUCCUCAGAUCGAGGUCACCUUCGAUCUUGAUGCCAACGGUAUCAUGAACGUCUCCGCCAUCGAGAAGGGUACCGGAAAGACCAACAAGAUCACCAUCACCAACGACAAGGGCCGUUUGUCCAAGGAGGACAUCGAGCGUAUGCUUGCUGAUGCCGAGAAGUACAAGGCUGAGGAUGAGGCCGAGGCUGCCCGUAUCCAGGCCAAGAACGGUCUCGAGUCCUACGCCUACUCCCUCAAGAACACCAUCGGCGAGGGUCAGCUCCAGAUCAGUGAGGAUGACAAGAAGAAGGUCAGCGACAAGGUCGACGAAGUCAUCGGCUGGCUCGACACCAACCAGACCGCCGAGAAGGACGAGUACGAGUCCCAGCAGAAGGAGCUUGAGGGUGUUGCCAACCCCAUCAUCUCUGCUGCCUACGCUGCUGCCGGUGGUGCUCCUGGUGGUGCUCCGCCUGGUGCUGGUGCUGCCCCUGGCGGCGGUGCCACCCGCGCUGACGGUGAAGUCGAGGAGAACGACGACCUUGACUAA